UUAGCCUCACCACAUUCUCUCUCUCUUUCUCUUUUUUUUUUCUCACAGCCAUUUGUUAGAUUCCUCUCCCUCUCUCUCUCUCUCUCUAUUGGAUUGGAUUGUAUUAUAGAGAGACUGAUUAGCUCAAGCAACCCAAAACCAACCAGAAUUCUCCUCCUCAUCCUCCUCCCUUUGUUACAAUUUUCUGGGCUGUCUUUUAUUUGUUUUCUCAGAAGAAGGUUUUUCACUCCUUCUGGGUUUUAUUGACUUCUAUUGAAGAAAACACUUUUCUGGUUUUUUUUUGUUUGUUGUUGUAUAGAGCUCAAUAAUAAAGAAAAGCUUUAAUCUUUAAGAAACCUCUCAGAGUCUCUCUGUUCUUGUAUAUAUUAAGAACCUGAAAACAAAAAACAAUGGGGAAGCAAGGGCCUUGCUGUCACUGUGGAGUUACAAGCACACCUCUAUGGAGAAACGGUCCACCAGAGAAGCCAGUGCUGUGCAAUGCCUGUGGUUCAAGAUGGAGAACGAAAGGAACACUUGUAAACUACACUCCACUCCAUGCUCGUGCCGAAGGUGAUGAGGUCGAAGAUCACAGAGUUCAAAAGACGAUGUUGAUCAACGGAACGUCAGUUAACAAAAAGAUCCCCAAGAGGAAGUCAUCAUCAUCAUACCAAGAAAGCUUCACAGUCAAGAGAACCAGCUUCGAACUCAACAGCGGUUUCAAGAACGAGGAAGCUAGCAACAGGUCGAGUUCAGGAUCGGUUGUCUCCAACUCGGAGAGCUGUGAUCAGUCCAACGCGUGGGAAACUACUUUCCCUUGUAAGAAGAGGACAUGUGUUGUGGCUGUGGGGCAUCGUCCUAAGGCGGCUUCUUCUGUUGAGAAGCUCACCAAGGAUCUCUUUAGUAUCUUACAAGAGCAGCAAUCCUCUUGUCUCUCUGGUGGUUCUUCAGAGGAAGACUUGCUUUUCGAGAACGAGUCGCCGAUGGUGAUAGGACAUGGGAGUGUACUUAUGAGAGAUGAGGAGUCUGAAGCUAGCUCACUCUUGGUUGAGAGCUGCAAGUCCUCCUCUUCAGUACCUUCUGUUGGAUUUGAGAGAGGAGGCCAGAGAUGUCUGAGCUUUGGUGGGAAAGAUAUAAAGCAGGAGUUACUCAAGAGGUACAAACCUCAAGUCUUGGGAAGACCUAGUUUACCACUCUGUAACAUAGAUUUGAAGGAUGUUUUCAACUUUGAUGAGUUCAUAGAGAAGUUCACAAAGGAAGAACAGCAGAAACUGAUGAAACUACUUCCUGGAGUUGACUCUGUUGAUGUUCCUGAUAGCCUGAGAAGCAUGUUUGAGUGCUCUCAAUUCAAAGACAACUUCUCCUUGUUUCAGCAACUUGUGGCAGAUGGUGUUUUUGAGACACUAUCACAAUCAUCAUCUUCUUCCUCCAAACCUGAAGAGUUUAAGAGACUUGCAAAGCUUGCUUUAUCAGAUCCUAACAAAUCACUUUUGUUGGAAAGCUAUUACAUGCUCAAGGAACAGAGAAAAGUAACUGAAGACUCUGCUAUCACAACAUCAAGGGUCUCAAAUAGUAAUAGACUUGUCACAGUUGAAAGACCUUGUGAAAGCUUAAACCAGAACUUCUCAGAGACAAAGGUUGUGAUGAAGAGCCCAAAAGAAAUGAUGAAGAUUAGAUCAAAACACAUUGGAACCGAAGAGAUUGUAGAAAACAGUAGUGUCUCUUCCUUUAAUAACAACCAUAUGAGCUACGGUGGACCUAUGGUGUUUAGCUGUGAAGAUAAUGAUAUUUGUGAGGAGGAGGAUGUUCUUCUUGAUGUUCCGUCUAAUGGAUCAUUCCCUCAAGCAGAGCUUCUUCAUAUGAUAUGAAAGAAGAGAUAGUUUCUCAAACUCUUUGGUGUGUGUUUCUCAGAAGAAAAAAAUACUUUUUUUAAGAUCUCUCUCUCACUAUCUCCAAUGAUUGAAGAGAAAACUUAAUUACUCUUUAAGUUUUUUUCUGAGAAAAUGUAUCCAAAUGAGAUUUUUUUUUUCUGCAUUAGAAAUUGCAAUCUGCAGAUAUUUAAAUUGGAAGAAUGUUUUACGAAAUGGCUCUCUUCGGUGGUCUUCUUGAAACAUACACUAUCUUCUUGUUCUUAUUAUACUCCACAGACAAGAAAGUUUUGUUUUCUCCUUUUUCUUGUAAAUUUAAUUUAAUUUUUCAUUGGACAUCCUUGGAAGUUUAAUUUUGAGCUCAUGUAUAACUAGCUGUUUUGUCCGCA